AUGAGCGAAGCACUCCAAACUGACGCCGUUCGACCGGCGGAAGGGUUUGGUCGUCCUUCCAAGGAGAUCGACGUCGAGAAGAGUGGUCUCACUCCUAGGACGGACGCUCGUGAUUCCCACAGUGACAGUGAUGCGAAGUCUGUCGAAUCAGAACAGUUCCAGAAUGGCGUGCAACGCGUGCGUGCCAUUACUGAAAUCUGGACCAAGAAGACACUUGUCUCCAUGUUCAUCUUUCUUUAUCUGAUCGAAUUCGUCGCAUUCUUACAAAAUUCCAUUGAUGCUGCGCUUAACCCCUUCAUCACAUCGAGCUUCGACAGGCAUGGUCUGCUCAAUGUUGGAUCCGUCAUGUCUACUGCACUGGCUGGCUGCAUUCCUCUCGCAACAUCCAAGGUCAUUGAUGUGUGGGGUCGUGUCGAAGGUUUCUUCGCUAUGCUCGUCAUUGUGGUCGUUGGCAUGCUGUUGAAAGCCGUUUGCAAGAACAUGGAAACCUACAUAGCUGGUCACGUCUUAUACUGGGCUGGCCAUAUCGGUGUCCUGUACGUCACAGAUGUCAUGGCUGCCGAUAUCACAACGUUGAAGAACCGCAUGAUCAUCUUUACCAUCAACGGCACUCCCCGCAUUGCCAGUACAUUUGCUGGUCCAGCCAUUGGAGAGCUUUUCUGGGCGAGUCCAAACUGGCGUUGGGCAUUUGGUGCCUUCAUCAUCAUCUUCAUAGGUUGCAGUCUGCCCGCCAUGGGCAUCAUGGUAUACAUGUAUCGACAGGCCAAGGCUGCUGGCAUGAUCAACAAGGUCAGAUCAAAUCGGACAAUCCUACAGUCUCUUUGGUACUACUACAUUCAGUUUGAUUUCACUGGCAUUAUCUUGGUGAUGGCGUCUUUCUGUCUCUUCCUUCUCCCAUUUACACUACAGAUAUAUGCCCCCAACGGCUGGAAGACAGACUACAUCAUUGCCAUGAUUGUUGUGGGUAUUUUGCUUUUCCCCGCAUUCGUUUUUUACGAGGCAAAGGUCGCUCCCGUCCAGUUUCUGCCAUGGAAAUACCUCAAGGACCGCACCAUUGUCGGUUCCUGUAUGCUCUAUGGCAUCAUGUUCCUGUCCAUCUUCAUCUGGAACACAUACUUCUACUCGUACAUCCUGGUCGUACACCGCCAAGAAAUCACCCAUGCCGGUUACAUUGUCAACUCUUUCUCCCUGGCCUCGUCCACCUUCAGCCCCUUGGUCGCGUGGGUCAUCAGUUACACCGGUAACUUCAAGUGGACGGCGUACAGCGGAGUCCCCAUCGUCAUCCUCGGCACCGCCCUGCUCAUUCCCUUCCGAACACCCUCCACCAGCCCCGGUGUCCUCGCCUUGAGCCAAGUCAUCGUUGGUAUCGGCACCGGUGUCUUCGCCACUUGUGCUCAACUUGCCGUCAUGGUCCCCGUCACACACCAAGAAAUUGCCGCCAUCACCGCGCUAUGGGGUCUUUUCGGUUCAUUCGGCUCAUCCAUUGGCAGCGCCAUCGCCGGCGCCAUGUGGAACAACCUGCUCCCGCGCGAACUGUCCCGUCGUCUCCCCGAAGCCAGCAAGGCAAACGCUACCAUGAUCUUUGGUGACAUUGAGACACAAAUUGCCUUUUUGGAUGGCACACCCGAGCGCGAAGCUGUUGUUGGUGCGUACAGUUAUAUCAUGCGUAAUAUGGUUAUUGCCGGUGUGGCGCUGGUUCCAGUCUGCCUGGCGAGUAUCUUCAUAUGGAAGAACAUCAACGUUAGGAAGUUGGAGGAAGAGAAGGGUAAGCAGACGAAGGGCAAUGUCUUCUAA